UUCGGGGGUCGAGGUCGUGGUAGUGGGGCGUGGGGAGGCCAAGGCCCGGCCGAGGGGGCGGGCGGGCCAGGGAGCAGCCCAGCCCGGGGCGUGCGCGACCUGGGCUCGCUUCCCAGCCCUCCUGUGGCCGCCUGCUCUGGCGCCCCUUCUGGACUCUCGGGCCUGGCGCUCGCGGCCAAAACUGACUCCAAAGUGUGGGGAGGGUUCCUCUUCCCGGGACGCAGCCUUCCCGGGCAUUGGCAGACGGUGCCCCGGUUAGACAGAGCCGCUGACCACCCCGCCCACCCCCGAGGCUGGGCGCACGGAUGCACACCCCGUCCUGGGAGAGACAGGCGCCCCUUCCUCUCCGCACCCCGCCGCCCCCCUCUCCCCCCCGCCGGCUUCAGGACGUCAGAUGCAGCCACCACUAAUCCUGGGAGGGACAGACACACGGACAGGGACUGCGGCCUCACCAUGGACCCGGAAUGCGCCCAGCUGCUCCCGGCUCUCUGUGCUGUUCUGGUAGAUCCCAGGCAGCCAGUGGCAGAUGACACCUGUUUGGAGAAGCUGCUGGACUGGUUUAACACGGUCACUGAAGGAGAGUCCAGUGUCGUGCUGCUGCAGGAGCACCCCUGCCUGGUGGAGCUGCUGUCCCAUGUGCUGAAAGUCGAGGACCUGGGUCCCGGGGUCCUCUCCUUCUCACUCCGCCUGGCAGGAACCUUCGCAGCCCAGGAAAACUGCUUCCAGUAUCUUCAGCAGGGGGAGUUACUACCAGGGCUCUUUGGGGAGGCAGGACCCCUCGGCCGAGCAGCCUGGGCCGUCCCCACCGUGCGCAGCGGCUGGAUCCAGGGCCUGCGCUCCCUGGCACAGCACCCCAGCGCCCUGCGCUUCCUGGCCGACCACGGUGCGGUCGACACCAUCUUCUCCCUGCAGGGAGACUCCAGCCUGUUUGUGGCCUCGGCGGCCAGUCAGCUCCUGGUGCACGUCCUGGCUUUGUCCAUGCGAGGUGGAGCCGAGGGGCAGCUCUGCCUGCCGGGGGGUGACUGGCCCGCGUGUGCCCAGAAGAUCAUGGAUCACGUUGAAGAGUCCUUGUGCUCCGCGGCCACCGCCAAGGUCACUCAGGCCCUGAACGUCCUGACCACGACCUUCGGGCGCUGCCAGAGCCCCUGGACGGAAGCCCUGUGGGUGCGGCUGAGUCCCCGCGUGGCCUGUCUGCUGGAGAGAGACCCCAUCCCCGCCGCACACUCGUUCGUGGACCUGCUUCUCUGUGUGGCUCGUUCUCCCGUGUUCAGUUCUUCCGACGGCGGCCUGUGGGAGACAGUGGCGCGGGCUCUGAGCUGCCUGGGUCCCACCCACAUGGGACCCCUGGCUUUGGGGAUCCUGAAGCUCGAGCACUGUCCACAGGCACUGAGGACCCAGGCCUUCCAGGUCCUUCUCCAGCCCCUGGCCUGUGUCCUGAAGGCCACAGUUCAGGCCCCCGGACCCCCAGGCUUGCUGGACGGGACGGCAGACGAUGCCACGACGGUGGACACACUCCUGGCCUCCAAGUCGUCCUGCGCGGGCCUCCUGUGCCGCACCCUGGCUCACCUGGAGGAGCUGCAGCCGCUGCCCCAGCGCCCUUCACCGUGGCCCCAGGCGUGCCUACUGGGGGCUACAGUGACUGUCCUGCGGCUCUGUGACGGCUCGGCUGCCCCUGCCUCCAGUGUGGGGGGCCACCUCUGUGGGACCCUGGCGGGCUGCGUCCGGGUCCAGCGAGCAGCCCUCGACUUCCUGGGGACGCUGUCACAGGGGACAGGCCCCCAGGAGCUGGUGACGCAGGCGCUUGCUGUCCUCCUGGAGUGCCUCGAGAGCCCCGGCUCCAGCCCCACGGCCUCUGCGGAUGGGGCCUUCACACAGGGCCACAGAGCUGCUGCUCAGAGAGCUUCACGACGCAGCCCACCCUAUCUGCUCCAGGUUCUGAAGAAGGCCUUCCAGGCCACGCUCAGGUGGCUCCUGAGCUCACCCAAGACCCCCGGCUGCUCUGAUCUCAGCCCCCUCAUCCCGCAGUUCCUCAGAGAGCUGUUCCCUGUGCUGCAGAAACGCCUGUGCCACCCCUGCUGGGAGGUGAGGGACUCUGCCCUCGAGUUCCUGACCCAGCUGAGCAGCCACUGGGGAGGACAGGCCGACUUCAGAUGCGCACUCUUGGCUUCAGAGGUGCCUGAGCUGGCCCUGCAGCUCCUCCAGGACCCUGAGAGUUAUGUCCGAGCGAGCGCAGUGACCGCCAUGGGGCAGCUGUCCAGCCAGGGCCUGCACGCCCCCACCAGCCCUGAGCAUGCAGAGGCCCGGCAGAGCCUGUUCCUGGAGCUCCUGCACAUCCUCUCCGUAGACUCGGAGGGCUUCCCACGGCGGGCGGUCAUGCAAGUCUUCACUGAGUGGCUGCGGGACGGCCACGCCGACGCCGCCCAGGACACGGAGCAGUUCGUGGCCACUGUGCUGCAGGCGGCGAGCCGGGACCUGGACUGGGAGGUCCGUGCCCAGGGCCUGGAGCUGGCCCUCGUGUUCCUGGGCCAGACUUUGGGGCCGCCGCGUACCCACUGCCCCUAUGCCGUGGCCCUACCCGAGGUGGCCCCAGCCCAGCCACUCACCGAGGCACUGAGGGCUCUCUGCCACGUGGGGCUCUUUGACUUCGCCUUUUGUGCCUUGUUUGACUGCGACCGCCCUGUGGCGCAGAAGUCUUGUGACCUCCUUCUCUUCCUGAGGGACAAGAUUGCUUCCUACAGCAGCCUGCGGGAGGCCGGGGGCGGCCCCAACACCGCCUCCGCAGAGGCCACCCUGCCGAGGUGGCGGGCGGGUGAGCAGGCCCAGCCCCCAGGGGACCAGGAGCCUGAGGCUGUGCUGGCCAUGCUCAGGUCCCUAGACCUGGAGGGCCUGCGGAGCACGCUGGCCGAGAGCAGCGACCACGUGGAGAAGAGUCCCCAGUCCCUCCUGCAGGACAUGCUGGCCACGGGAGGCUUCCUGCAGGGGGACGAGGCCGACUGCUACUGAGCAGAACCAGAGUCUGCCACUGGGGCUCAGGACCAAGGGAGGCAGCACCAUGUCCUUCUGUGGGACACUGCCAGCCCCAGGGCUCCAGCCCAGCCCGGCGGAUCCUCUGGGGAAGCCAGGACCAGGAGAGAAGCAAGGUCAAGAAAUCCCAGUUUGAUGUAUUAAAAAGAAAUGACUUAUUUCUACUCAAAAUAAAUGGCAUUGAAGUCUUUAA